UUGAAUUGAAGAAAGAGAAAAAUCUUCGGAAUUCAUACUGCAGUUUCUUGCAGGAUUUGGGCAUGAGGCUUAAGUUUAAUACUGCAGGCCUCAAGUGACAAUAGCUACUGCUAUUGUGUUUUGUCAUCGCUUUUUCCUUCGCCAAUCCCAUGCAAAGAAUGACAGAAGGGUAAGUAUAUGGUGGUUCUUAUUUAUGACACACAAGCAUUUAGUGCAUUCUAUUCUCACAUGUGAUGUUUAUACUCUGGUAUGAUUCUUUGUUACAACUAUCACAUCUUUAAUUUGCAUGCAUUCUGGUGUAAUAGCUAUGACAGUCCUGAUGAAUGUUAUUCAGGAAAAAGUGAGAAAAAGAAUUUAUCACACAUUUGGUCCAAAAUUAAAUGAAUGGGAUUUUACAUGAUAAGUAUACAAAAGGACCUGUUAGUUUUAUGUAUUUCAUGCAUUUCAAACAACAGUUUUCUAUAAUUUCAGUAUUUACAUGCAACAGAUUGGUUGGUGUUGCAAAAAUCAAUUGUAGCUUAAAGGUGUUACUCUUGGGAUGGUGUGAUUUGUUACAAAGAUAUUAUUUUUGCAAAGCAGCCUUAGUUAGUUCCAGCAACCUUUGUAUGGUUAUCUAUCAUAAAUUUAGGCCUUAUGUUUGCCGAAAGAGCAUCGUUAUGCACAAUGCAAUCGACUACUGGAUUUGAAAAAUAUAUAGGGUCUUAUCAAAACUGUAAACAGUAAAACCACUUCUUUAAUCAGAGAGCAACUGAAGAAACUGUUGUAGGUUGGUGUAAGCCUGUAAUGACACAUUAUGGAGUGAAAGGUUGAAUGUAAAAGACAACAUGAAAUGGGCCAAAUAUCAGAUCUGAAUAUAUAUAGACUGUUCACCUGAUCAAAAGCUGGAAAGAGCAGAAAAACUUUUGUUGGAUUAAGAAGUAAUCAAAUAACUAUUGUAGAUUGCUAUAGUUAAACAUACAAAGCGAAAACUUGUAAAAGACUAUAUGAAAUGGUCCAAGUAUUAAUCUGAAUAAAAUAAAGGCUAUCACCUGACCUGAAGCUGGAAACAGCAGCAAAAUUCCUGUUUGAUCACGUAGCAACUUAAUAAAUUGCUGUGGGUUGCUGUAGCAGCACACGCUAUGAAGUGAAGGUUCCAGUAGGAAAUAUUAAUUGAGAAAAAUAGGUAGAUUGAAAGAACAUACCAGAAGAAAAAGCUAAGAUAGGCAAUACCAUAUGAGGUACAUUGAUUAAUAUUAGUGGUGUUAAAAGGGUUAUAUGGAGACAUAAGAAAGCUUUUCUAAAAGCAACAAAAAGAGAUGCGUCUCUCUUUUUUAACUAAAGAUAUGCCAUAUAUUAAGCUCAGUGACAAGAGAAGCCCCAUUUUGGCAGCCCCAAACAGUUGGGACAAUACAGCUUUUUGUUGCUGUCAUGGUGGUGGUUGGAAUCUUAACAUUGUUGAUGCCAUAGUAUCUAAUCUCUGAAAACUGUCUAAGUGGGUCCUAAUAAGCAACAGUAAUGUGUGAUAUAAUCAACAAUUUCUGUUUUGAUCACCUGGUAAAGUUUGCCCAUUCUUAUCUCAUCUGUAUAUGUUUUCUGCAGAUAAUUGCAAUUGCUUGCUUGUUCCUUGCUGGAAAGGUUGAAGAUACUUCUCGCCCACUAAAGGAUGUCAUUCUUGUUUCAUGUGAAAUUAUAUACAAAAAGGAACCUUCAGCUGUCCAGAAGAUCAAACAGAAGGAAGUAUAUGAACAGCAAAAGGAACUCAUUGUACUAGGGGAACGGGUUGUACUUGCUACACUGGGUUUUGACCUGAAUGUGCUCCAUCCUUAUAAACCCCUAGUUGAAGCAAUAAAAAAGUUCAAGGUUUCCACACAGAAUUCUCUUGCACAAGCGGCAUGGAACUUUGUGAAUGAUGGGCUGCGAACAUCGCUUUGCUUGCAGUAUAAGCCCCAUCAUAUAGCAGCUGGUGCUGUAUGUCUUGCUGCUAAGUUUCUUAAAGUGAAGCUGCCAUCUGAUGUUGAAAAGGGUUGGUGGCAAGAAUUUGAUGUCACCCCUCGGCAGUUGGAAGAUGUUAGCAACCAAAUGUUGGAGCUUUAUGAGCAAAACCGAUCAGGUCAAUCUUCUCAUUCUACUGAAGUAGAAGGAAACAUUGGUGGUAAUAAUAACGAGCCUAUUGUUACAACUUCAAGUGUUGGUAGGAGUUCAGUGUCAACAAAUGGGCAUGCUCAGGAUGCUGUGUUGACUAAUGUCGAGCAAGGAGGACAAACUCCAGGUCCUGCUUGGUCAUUUGGUUCACAGUCAUAUGCUGACAGUAAUCAUAUAGAUAAUCAUUGCAAACAAGGACAAGGUGAUGGAAAGGAGAGUGCUGGGUGUAAGAGUGAGAUUUGGGACCAUAAUAUGGGCGCUGAAGGCAAUGAUUGUUCAAGUAAUGAAUUUGAUAAGAGUUCAGACUGCAGGGAAAAUACUCUAGAAACUUCAUGUUGCUCUAAGCCUGAUCUACCACUGGGGAGUGCGGUGGUCAAUGAACGAGAUAAGGUGAAGGUGGAUAAGGAACUGAUGGAUGCAGGUUCAUCUACCAAAUCAUUGAGCAUCAGCAGGCAGAUCUCCGACUUUGGUGAAACUGCAAAAAUCUUCUUCCCACCAGAUUCCAUCAACAGAUGCAAAACUAAAGCUGCCUUAGAGAAGCAGCGGAGGCUUCAGAACAAUGGGGGACAGAAAAGAAAAUCAAUGGAUGAGCAUGAUGAUCUCAUAACAAGGGAUGGUUGUGAACUUCCUUGCAAGCUGGCUAGCCAGAGAGCUAUGGUUACAGGAAGAGAGCCAGAGUAUAUGCAGCAGUGUCACAAUCGUCACCAGUCAUGUGAUACAACAGGAUCCAGAGGCAACAGGUUGGAGAAGUUGCAUAACAAGCCAUAGAAGAGAGGAAGAGAAGUCAGUCACAACACUAGUUACUUUGGUAUGUGGGGAUUCUCACGUGCAUUUUAAUAAAAUCUACUGUGCAGCAUUAUACUUACUUGUUGGAUCUUUACAAUGUUCUCUGGGCUCUUAGUAAUUACGUCGAGCUGAUGUGCAAAUUGGAUCCACAUACACGCUUUUGAACGGUUGCAAAUUUCAUGACAGAGAUA